GCGGGCGCAUGCGCGGUGCCCUCGGCCCGGCGGCGCCGUCUGAGCUGCGCACGCGCCGCCUGCGGGCCGGCGGCGGCUGCGAGGUGCGGCCGAGCCGGACUGUCGCGCUCACGAUGAGCUGCACGAUCGAGAAGAUCCUGACGGACGCGCGGACGCUGCUGGACCGGCUCCGCGACCACGACAGCGCGGCCGAGUCGCUCAUCGACCAGUCGGCCGCCCUGCACAGGCGCGUGGCUGCCAUGAGGCAGGCAGGGGCGGCGGGAGCCGAGCAGGCUCACGACGAGGCCGCCAACGUGAAAGAUGUGUCUAAGCUCAAGCCGCACCUCCUGCUCUCCCAAGAGAACACGCAAAUCCGGGACCUGCAGCAGGAAAACAGAGAAUUGUGGAUCUCCUUGGAGGAACACCAGGAUGCUUUGGAACUGAUCAUGAGCAAGUACAGGAAGCAGAUGUUACAAUUAACAAGGGGAGGAAAAGAUGAGGAUGCUGAACCAGUCUUGAAAGUGCACCAGGCUCAGUCCGUGGAGAUUGAGAGUCAAAUAGACAGAAUCUAUGAGAUGGGAGAAGUGAUGAGAAAAGCUGUUCAAGUGGAUGACGAUCAGUUCUUUACAAUUCAGGAAAAACUAGCCCAGUUGGAGCUUGAAAACAAAGAGCUGCGUGAGCUGUUAUCCAUCAGCACGGAAUCUCCCGCGGUGAGGAUAGCGGAGCUGCCGGACAGUGGACCUCAAGCUCCCGAAUAACUGUCUCUCUUUGCUCUUGAAUUUUUAAAAAACUAAACUAUCUGGAACCAACCCUACAGGAAAGCUCACUUUCUUUUGCGUGGUGUUCUUCCACAUGUCUCCUGGUACCCUCAUUUUUCUCUGUCUUCCACAGUGUAUAUAUUUAUUUUCUUAGCACUGCUGUUGAAACAUCCCCCUCUGAUGGCAAUGGUUUGCAAUGCUGCUCAGUCUUAAUAACAAUUAAUGGCAGCUUAACCAUGAGCUAUACUCCUUUGUGCUUGUCUUCCCUAAUAAAGCAUGCUUCUAGCUCAGCUUCAGUUAAAACUCUUACCUGUGCAGAUAGCAGUUUAUCUAUCUUAACUCCCAGUUCAUCGGUGGCUUUAUUUUAUGAGUGGUUAUUUUUUUGUGUAAUGGUUGCGAUUUAGUUGAUGGUUUGAAGAGCUGUCUUUUACAUACCAGGAUAUAUGUUUAAUUUUUUAAAUGGCUAACUCACCAAGCAGUGUGUGGCUGGGUUAACAUCGCUGGGAUACAGACUGGAAGACUGGCUGCUGCUUGUUGUAGGCAGGUUCAGAUACUGGCACAGAAUGUUGUUUAGUAAUACUUUCUGCGUUUCUUGUGUUGUAACGAACCUGGUAUCUGCAACCUCAAUGUUCCAAUGACUAACAGUAUUUUAAAUCACAGAAGACUUUUAAAUACACGCUUCCAAGUUCUUUUCCUAAGUAACUGAAAGCUGAAUUAUUAAUAUUUAAUUUAGCAGUUCCAUAGGAAUGUCAAGUUAUUUGUUCAGUCCUCCAUCAGAAGGCAGAUUUUUGGUGGUCGUGGAGGGAUUUAGGGCUCGUCUCUGAAUUACGGAAGAAAUACUUGCCUCAUCCCAGAACAUCUUUGGAGAAGCUUAGUCUGAGAGAGGAAAAAGGAAUUCUCAAUAGGAAGAUGCUGGGUGAAAAACCUCCCUUCUUCCAUCCCAAGUUAAAAAUAAAUGAACGAAACAAAGAAAGUUUUUCUUCAGAACUCUUUUUGAGACCAAGCAACAUGCUUCUCUUUCCCCUCGUGCCUGGGAGAUUGGUAUUUUAAGUGCAGGGAUUGAAACUGAGCCAUUUCUUGUCGUGUGUUUUGCUUUUAUGGUAAUGUGUUCUGGGAGGUCUGCGUAAGUGCAUUCCACGGGCAGGGGACUCGCUGGAUUGCACAGCAGUUUGCCUCUCGAGCUGCCGUGAAGUUCAGAAGCGGAAGCAGUUGCCUAGCAGUCAUUGCUUAGAUCCUCACUAAGCAAAGGGUGGGAAGAGGGUGCCAUUUUAAUUGUGUUCUUCUGCUAGUCUGCUUUUUUUAAGAGUAAACUUUAGCGCAGUAUCUGUGCCCGUUGUCUGUAACUCAUAAAGCUGCCCUGAGUUUUUCACGAGAGCUCCAGGCAGUUGGGUGCUCAGCUGCCAUUCACUGUUGGUAGGAGUGAGAUGCCUGGCUGAUGAAGAGCCCCUGUCUGCACAGUCCUUGAACUCCAGGUCCCAAAUAAAAUGCUUCCAACAAGUUGCUUCAGUUGCUGUAGUGGACUUUUCCCCAGGGAAGCGGUGAGAACUGGCCUCGUCUCUUCUCAACGCAGCCUCCGACGUAGCCGUGUUACAGCUGCCAGGAUGCGAGCGCCGGAGCGCGCCACAGAAGGUCGAAUUGGCAGAAAAACUGCUGCUGCCGAGUAGCGCGCGAGCACGCCCCGACUAGCGGGAACCGAGCCAGCUGCACAUUAGCACCACUCGCAGCUUUAUGCCUUAAAGAUGCCUUCAUUGCCCCCUUCAGAGCCAGAUGAGUUCCUGCAGCAGUACGGGCAUGUGCUCGUGCCUUGGUUCUGAUGUAUCUUGUGAAUAAGCCGCGGGAGAAGAUAGCGUACGAUAAGCGAUUACAGGGCAAGCGUGGUGUGCCGUGCUGCGCGCUGCUGCGACCCCCUCGCCGGCCAGCUCCAGCGAGCCUUGGAACGGUCCGUUUGUGUCUCGGGACUACCAAGCAGUAUGUACUUUUCUCAAAAUAAAUGCUUACUGUACGUGG